UGGCUGCAGUAACUGUCAGGGUGAGGUAGGUAACAUCCCAGAACCGAAUGGAGUAAUUAUCGCGUUACAUUUCUUGAAAACCAACCCACCACAUUCAUUAGAACACUGUAAACAGUGUAAACCUCCAACGAAGCCAUGACAGAGGACCCGAGUGCUCAAACCUGGUCCAUCAACAAGGACGAUUAUGUGCUCAACGAGGUGAUUGGGAGUGGUGCCACGGCUGUGGUGCAGGCGGCCUACUGUGAGCCCAGGAAGGAGAGGGUGGCCAUUAAACGCAUCAACCUGGAGAAGUGUCAGACCAGUAUGGACGAGCUCCUGAAAGAGAUCCAGGCUAUGUCCCAGUGCCACCACCCCAACAUCGUGUCCUACUACACAUCCUUCGUAGUGAAGGACGAGCUGUGGCUGGUAAUGAGGCUACUCAGUGGUGGCUCAGUACUGGACAUCAUUAAACACAUCAUAUCUCGUGGGGAGCAUAAGUCUGGGGUGCUGGAUGAGUCGUCCAUAGCCACCAUCCUUAAAGAGGUCCUGGGAGGAUUGGAGUACCUGCAUAAGAAUGGGCAGAUUCACAGGGAUCUGAAGGCUGGUAAUAUUCUUCUCGGGGAUGAUGGCUCUGUGCAAAUCGCAGACUUUGGUGUGAGUGCCUUCUUAGCGGCGGGAGGAGAUAUGACCAGAACAAAGGUCAGAAAGACAUUUGUUGGAACGCCAUGUUGGAUGGCCCCAGAGGUCAUGGAGCAGGUCAGAGGUUAUGACUACAAAGCAGAUAUCUGGAGUUUCGGGAUCACAGCCAUCGAGCUAGCUACAGGCGCUGCCCCAUAUCAUAAAUAUCCGCCCAUGAAGGUGCUGAUGCUGACCCUGCAGAAUGACCCUCCCUGCUUGGAGACGGGCAUCCAGGACAAGGAGAUGGUGAAGAAGUAUGGCAAGUCCUUCAGGAAGAUGAUCUCACUCUGUCUACAGAAGGAGCCCGAGAAAAGACCAACUGCUGCUGAGCUGCUAAAGCAUAAAUUCUUCACUAAAGCAAAGAAUAAUGAAUACUUGGAAGAGAAGCUCCUUCAGAAAGGUCCAUCGAUAGGAGACAGAUCCAAAAGGGUGCGCCGUGUGCCUGGUUCCAGUGGUCGUCUCCAUAAGACCGAAGACGGGGAGUGGGAGUGGAGUGAUGAUGAGCUGGAUAUGGAGAGUGAGGAGGGCCAGGCAGCCGUGGCAGCUCUAAGGUCUCCCAGAGUGAAAGAUGGAUCCAUCGAGAUCUUCCCUCCAGAAGAUGGUUCUCCUAGUCUGCUCCGUCCAGGAGGGGCAGGGCACGACAAGCCAGCUGAGGCCAUCCUUACCCAGGGAGACGCUGUAGCCCAGGACCCUGCCGCCACCAAAGUCCCCAUCAGCCUGGUGUUGAGGUUGAGGAACUUGAAGAAAGAACUGAAUGACAUCCGAUUUGAGUUCAUGCCUGGUAGAGAUUCAUCAGAUGGAGUGUCUCAGGAGUUGGUAUCCGCAGGUCUAGUCGAUGGGAAAGACGUAGUGGUUGUUGCUGCCAACCUGCAGAAGAUUGUUGAUGAUCCUUUCAACAAUAAAAAUGUAACUUUCAAACUGGCAUCUGGCAUAGACGAGUCGGAGAUCCCUGACGAUGUCAAGCUGAUGGGUUUCGCUCAGCUCAGCAUCAGUUAACUCAAUAUUCCGUCAACAAAGGAGAACAAACAGUAUUGCACAGCGGCAUAGUUCUAAAUUCCAAGACACCACUACUGCCAAAGAAGAGAGCCACAGUGCAUUUGUCAACCUGUAGGGUUAUUUUCUUUACUGAAACCUGCAGUGUUAGUUAAAAUGGGCUCUGAGAAUGGGACCAGUGUAACAAAAAGACAACAGUUAGGACAGGAACAGUAAAUCACACUUGAAAGAGUUUACAGCAGUGUAUUUGGGAGGGAGGACGGCGGGCAUCGCAAUCGACAUAAUCAUCAUCGACUUAAAAAUGAAAUGAACGUUUCUUAUUUCAUUUUCUACAUUUAGCUCUAUAAUCCAAAACAUAUUUUAAUAUAACUCUCUUGAGUUCUGGAAGUGAUAACUUACAGUGCCUUCAAAGUAUUCAGACCCCUUGACCUUUUUCCACAUUUUGGUAUGUUACAGCCUUAUUAUAAAAUGGAUUAAAUAAAUCAAAUCCUCAUCUACACACAAUACCUCAUAAUGAC